AUGAAGGGUCUUCCUCCAAGCACAACUACCACACUUGCUAUGUCGAAAGAACAACUAGAACAAAUUGUGCACAAUCAGCUGGCCUACUUCGAUCAUCAUCAUCUUAAUGGCCAUGAGUGGCUGAUUUUCUUCCUUCAAUCAAAGGGUGUGGAGGCUUUGAUUCAAGACUAUUUAAACCAGAAGACAUUUCGGCCUAAAAAGAAUGCUCCGUCAGGAAGUAAGGGUGCUCAACUUCAAAAACACAUUGAUGCUACUUUGGAUAGUGGGAACCUUAGGGAAGCCGUGGGAUUGCCUCCUGGAGAAGAUAUCAAUGAGUGGCUGGCUGUGAAUAGUAAAAUCCUCAACACAUUCCGUGGACUUCUUCAAUCAAGUGAAUUUUUAUAUGGCACUCUUACUGAAUUCUGCACGGCAACCGACUGUCCAACAAUGACAGCAGGACCAAAAUACGAGUAUAGAUGGGCUGACGGAGUAGCCAUUAAGAAGCCGAUUGAGGUAUCUGCUCCUAAACAUGUUGAAUAUCUAAUAGACUGGAUUGAGGCUUAG